AUGUACCAGGAUAUUUCCGCCUUUACUCCUGAGGAGAGCUUCAUGCGUUUCAAAGAAUUUAACUCCGAACGAAGACCUUCAGCGGAGUGGCUGGCAAAGAAGAAAAAGUUGAGAGAUGCAUGGCUCACAUCUCAACACAAGACGACGACGACGACGACGACAGCUCCACCCUCUGAUCGAUCCUCUACUAUUCUUUUCAUAGUACUCGGAUUCCUCGCUUUGAUAACGCUAGUGGUAAGGGUUUCUUUUGCAAACACUUUUUUCCAGUCUAUUUGUGAGCUUUUUGAAAUUCGUUUCAAAAUGUUUUCUGCUAUUAUCAUUAUUUCUGCUCAGACUUGGGCUGUGAAACGAAACGCUGUGAAACAGCGAAGGAAACGUGACCGCGAAGUCCAGGAACAUCAAGAACUACUCGAGCAGUCUAUUCGCUCGAGGUCUUUGCUGCUCGAAAUAGAAAAUUAA